AUGUGCAGCAACCACGCUCCGCAGCUCCUUGCAACAGCAAGCAAUCCCUGCCGCAUGCCACCUGCUCGAUAUAUUGCGCAGCCACAUCGUCGUUGCCCUUUCUCGCAGCACGCCGUCGUUGGUUCUAGGUGCUGCUACCUACAUCCCUCGCACUCACCUUGCUCGACAAAAAUGCCUCCCCGUUCGUCGACCUCGGGUGGCUGCACACUUGUUGUCGCUGACCCUUUUCCAUCAACGCGCAGCCCCUCUGUUUCCCCAUUGGCGCAGCAGCCCCGACGUCUCCGCGCUCUGUCGGCUCGCUGUUUUGUGAAGCCAGUGGACAGCACGUCGUCGACGCUCGCCGGGUGUUUGCUGUUUUUGCGCAGCCCCAUCCGUGACACCGUCGAAACCCGUGGACCGAGAGAUGACGAUCGUGCAAGGGAUGUGGUGCCACCCACAAGAUGCAGUUGGUGGAUGACCCAAGGAAGGAUGGACUUAACCAGUGGAUGCUCGCCAAGCGAGUACCUCCCCCAGCAAACACUACCUAAGUGUUAA